UCCGUGUCACGUGAUUUUGUGUUUGUCCCUGCUAACAACAUGGCCGCCGAGGAUCUGCCGUCUGAAUUUGACGUCGUCAUUCUGGGCACAGGUCUUGCUGAGUCGGUGGUCGCAGCAGCCUUCUCCAGAGUCGGGCAGAGAGUCCUUCACCUCGACAGGAGGAGUUAUUAUGCAGCUAACUGGGCCAGCUUCACCUUCAACGCUCUGCUCACCUGGAUACAACAGCACCAUGAGGGGCCUCAGCCAGAGGAGGUUCAGGAUUGGUCGAGCCUGUUAGAGGAAGGGGAGGAGCUAAUCUACCUGUCAAACUCAGACUCCGCAUCCAUCAGUAACCUGCAGGUGUUCUGCUUCACCAGUGAGGAAGAUGAGGAGGAGGAAACUCCAAACACCACAGAAGAAGAGCGAGGAGCAGCUGACGAAGACGCUGUCAAAGAAACAUCAGAAUCUGCAGAUUUAAAGGAAGAGGAAUCACACCAGAAGCCCGAGGAGACAGCAGCCAGAGACGGAGAACAGCUGACCAAUAAGGACACAUUUGAUCUUCUUCAGGCCUCCCAGAAUGAGGGGGAGGAGCCAAAUGCACAUCAACCAACCCCCAUUGCUGCUCCGAGCCAAUCAGAGCCAACCAGGAAGAAGAUCAGCUACGCUCAGCUGGUGAAGGAAGGACGCAGGUUCAACAUCGACCUGGUCUCCAAGCUCAUGUAUUCUCGCGGCUCAUUGGUCGAUCUGCUCAUCAAAUCAAAUGUCAGUCGCUAUGCAGAGUUCAAGAACGUCACCAGGAUACUCACCUAUCGCCAAGGGAAGGUGGAACAGGUGCCCUGCAGCAGAGCCGACGUGUUUGCGAGUCGUCAGCUUUCGGUGGUGGAGAAGAGGAAGUUGAUGCGUUUCCUCACUUCCUGUGCGGAGGAGACGGAGGAGCAGCGAGCCUACAACGGUCGGCCAUAUUUGGAGUUCCUCACUGACCAGCAGCUCGGUGAGAACCUGCAGCACUUCCUGCUUCACUCCAUUGCCAUGGUGACAGAAGACACGCCCACAGAGGAGGGCCUGGCCUCCACGCGUCACUUCUUGCGUUGCCUGGGUCGCUACGGCAACACGCCCUUCCUGUUCCCUGUCUACGGCCUCGGAGAGAUACCGCAGUGUUUCUGUAGGAUGUGUGCAGUGUUCGGAGGAGUGUACUGUCUGAGACACUCUGUGAGUGGGCUGCUGCUGGAGCGGGACUCCAACAGGUGUAAGGCGGUGAUUGACAGCCGAGGACAGCGAAUCAACUGUAGCCAUUUCAUCGUAGAGGAGGGCUUUGUGGGGGCGGACAGGAAGAGGGUGGCCACACCCCCCAGGUUUCUCUCCAGAGCUGUUCUGAUCACAGAUGGCUCGCUGCUGCCCAGUGAGUCAGAGCAGCAGGUCUCCAUGGUCAUGGUCCCCCCAGCAGCAGGCGGUCCUGUGGUGAGGAUGGUGGAGCUCUGUCCCUCCACGAUGACCUGCAUCCCAGGAACAUGUGAGGAUCUGGUCCACCUCACCUGUCAGUCAGUUGGCUCCGCCUACGAGGAUCUGUCGCCCGUGGUAACCAGGAUGUUCCGCACGCCUGAGUCACAUGACCAAGAGAAGCGCCCGUCUGUCCUCUGGUGCCUGUACUUCAACAUGGCCGACGGUUCUGGGCUGGAGGCAGAAGGUCACGACCUCCCGGCAAAUGUAUACGUGUGCUCCGGGCCGGACGGCGCUCUGGGACACGACCACGCUGUCAGACAGGCGGAGGACAUCUUCCAGAAGAUUCUGCCUGAGGAGGACUUCUGUCCCCCCGCCCCCAACCCUGAGGACAUCAUCUACGACACAGAAAACACCUCCACAGGGGAGGACGAGAGACAAGACAGGGAGGAGGACAGACAGGAAGACGUCAGGGAGGAGGACAGACAGGAAGACGUCAGGGAGGAGGACAGACAGGAAGACGUCAGACAGGAGGACAGACAGGAGUAAAGUCUCAGUUGUUUGGUUAAAGUUUCUUCAUGUAUUAUUUUUCCAUCAUGUUUAUUUAAACUUCUGUGAAACAUUAAAACUUGAAUGAAUUCAAACUA